AACCCACGAGUAAUCUGCGGCGAGUACACCUCUUAAAUUAUACGUGAUCACGUGAUGUAUAAAACAAAAUAAAAUUAUUCCGGUCGUUUAUUAUUAUUAACGCCUAUUAAUAACAUGCUCGCAUUAUUGAUAUUCUACCAAGGAUUCUACCAAGAAAAAAAGUAACAAACCUACGAAAACCGAGAUGAGACUCAUACGAAUCAGACAAAAGUGAAAUUUGUUAGUGGUGUCGUUUGUGGUGCCAUCAUAAUUACCGGUGAAUUUAUUCAGAAUCGUUAAUUUCUUUAUGUAACGAUUAAUGAAGAGUAUUAUGCAGCAUUUAUUCGACGAGCGGCAUCGCGCUGUUAUUCCUCUUUGUAAUGCUUUGUGCCUUAAGUGAGAGUGUGAGAUAUCGAGCAAAAUUCACCUUCUUCAUAAUAGCGAGCGCGUUAGCUGCAGGAUUAUGGAUUCCAUUCAUGCUAUUUCGAAUCGGCAGCUGGAAAAACGCACUAGUACCGGCCAGAUGCGUGGUGACAAUAGCGAAAAUCAUCGGGAUAAAUUUCCGUUUUCGCGGCAAAGAGAAUAUCGUCAAAGAUUCAGGCUGCGUCGUGCUCAUCAAUCAUCAGAGUUCAUUAGAUCUUUGUGUUUUAGGUGAAUUAUGGUUAGCGAUGGACAAUUGUACUGUCAUUUCAAAGAAGGAGAUUUUGUACCUUGGACCAUUUGGUCUUGCGUGCUGGCUUUGGGGAACACUGUUCAUUGACAGAAAAAAUGUCGGAGAAUCAUGCCAGAUUAUUAAUGCUACAGCAGAAUCGAUUCGUCUAGCGAAGCGAAGACUUCUUCUAUUUCCUGAAGGACAUCGACAUUCGGGUAACUCAUUGCUUCCUUUCAAGAAAGGCGCUUUCCAUGUUGCGAUUGAAUCUCAAAUGCCGAUUCAACCUGUUGUUGUGUCAAAGUAUUACUUCUUGGACAGCAAAUUAAAAAGAUUUCAUUCAGGAAGCAGUUAUAUUACUGUUUUACCGCCUAUUCCUACCGUGGGUAUGACUAAAGAUGAUCUUCCAAAACUCAUGCAACAGGCGUAUGAAGUUAUGAAUAAAACCUUCGUAGAAUCUACAACAGAAUGUCUCGAGGAACAAAUACGAAGUUUGAAGUGCGAGUGAUAAGACUAACGCAGAACGAACUCGAAUACUUUAAAUUCUAAUUAACCGGCAAACUUAUAAUUGACUGACUCGCGGAUUGAUACCUGCAAAAAUUACAUAUGUGAAUAAUUUAUAUUACCAAUUUUUGUGAACAUGUGAAAUUCCUGCAUGUCCUUUCUUAUACGCAUAAUGUACGUACCAGUUUAAAAAGCUUAACUCUUAAUUUAAUAAGUUUCACUUAGGUCUUUAUAUACAUAUAUCUCCAUUGAUUGAUAAUUACUUUCCUGUGAUUAUGUUACGACGUAAAUGUAGAAUGUUAAUGUUGAUCAAUGCUCUUCCAUUACUUCUUAUACAAGUUUAUCCUUAAAGAUCAGAAAGAUUUUGUGAAGCUCAAAUAAUUUUUUAACGAUGCAAUUUGUACUUUUUAUACCUUACAGGAAAAUAUAAUUUAUAAUUGAAGAUCCUCUAUUUUGCGACAAACGUUUUAUAAAGGAUGUGGAAAAUUGCUAGUACUAUGUAAAACAACAAUCGUACAAUGUAAAAAAAAAGUGCAUUCUUCUCGAUUGCGUAUUCCAGUAUGUGUAAAUUAUUAAGUAUUGAAUAAUAAUUUUGUAUUAAGUAAUUGCUAUCAAACUAAAUAUUUGAAAUUACAAUUACUAUUAUUAUUUUACACGCGGGAUUAAUUUGUAACUGAUAAGAUUUCUUUCAUAAGAAUAAAAUAGGAAAAGAUGAGUUGUCCUCUAAAGUAUAAUUAUUAUUUUAUAUCUUUUUUAUUACAUUUUCAAAUGAUGAUAUGAGUCGCAUAUAUGUGUUUAUGAAGGAAGGAAUAAAAGUAAUAGAUUAAAUCAAUAAUUAAAAA